UCGUUCAUUCAUUCAAUUUUAUCUUGUUUCUCAUGUACUGUCCCUUGAGUGAUGUGUUGUGUUCGUAAUUUUUAAUAAUAGCAGUGGUCUGAUUCGUCAAAUAAACAUUGUGAGACACGAUGGCGACGUCGAGUGAUGCGUCCGACCAAAAUGUGAAGUCCAGGCGUCCUGCAGAGUCUGCGUUUAAACAGCAGCGCCUGCCUGCCUGGCAACCUAUCCUGACCGCGGGGACUGUAUUGCCUACGUUUUUCGUCAUUGGCAUAGCGUUUAUACCAGUUGGUAUAGGCCUACUCUACUUUAGCGACGAGGUCAAAGAGCAUGUAAUAGACUACACAAACUGCUACAAAGAUGAUGAGAACAUCACAUGUGCGGAGUACAUCAAACAGAACUUCAUGGAGCCGUGCUCCUGCCGCCUUCCCUUCAACCUGACGGAGGACUUCAAGGGAGAUGUAUACUUCUACUAUGGACUCAGUAACUACUACCAGAACCAUCGGCGAUAUGUCAAGUCCAGAGAUGACAGUCAGCUGCUCGGUCGCCUCGUCUUGAAUCCGUCUUCUGACUGUGAACCAUUUGCAUAUGCUGUGGAAGACGGGAAGACAAAGCCAGUGGCACCCUGUGGAGCCAUAGCUAACUCUCUGUUUAAUGAUACUUUGAAGGUGUAUUCACAAGAAAUGAGUAGAGACGUGCCGGUAAUCCGCACGGGCAUCGCGUGGAACUCCGACAAAGAAAUCAAGUUCAGAAACCCACCUGGCGAUCUCAGAACUGCGUUCGCAAAUUUCACGAAACCUGUGAAUUGGCGCGUCAACGUCUGGGAGCUGGACCCUAACAAUACAGAAAAUAAUGGUUUUCAGAACGAAGACCUAAUAGUGUGGAUGCGUACGGCGGCGCUGCCAACAUUCCGUAAGCUGUACCGGCGCGUGAACCACCAGGAGGUCGGCUUCGGGCCCGGGCUCGCCAAGGGACCCUACGUACUCAUCGUGGACUACAACUAUCCCGUUACCGACUUCGACGGGACCAAGUCCUUUAUAAUAUCGACGACGUCCCUGUUGGGCGGCAAGAACCCCUUCUUAGGCGUCGCUUACGUCGUUGUGGGGACUCUCUGUCUGCUCCUCGGCAUCGUACUACUCGUGAUACACGUCAAAUGCUCUAAGAGAUUUUCCGCUCUCUCUAUCCCAGCCAUGCAAUCCUACUUCUUAGAAGAGGAACUCGCUUCACACAAUGCUACUAUAUCCUCCACAACAGAGAUGAUCAACGUGAAUCCCCGCACUCCGUACUCUUAAAGCGGCUGGUGAUAACAUCACUACAUAAUCACCACAUGGUUAUGAGAUUAUCUAUGACAUUCUGUUACUAAUCACCGAAAAGGUAACUUUAUUACAAUACGAUAUAUUUAUGUUUUUAUAGAACAAUUGUGUUGAAACUAUCCUUCGUAGCGAAUAAACUGCAUUUUAAUUUUGUGCGAUAAUCGAAGUUAAAAAUAAAAUAAUGGAAGUUGAUUUGACUGGUUG